AUGACUGAGCAGGCAGGCCGUCAGGGAAUGAGCGAGCAUACAGCUCGCCUGCACACGAGUCUAUUAGCCUGCGCCUCAGCCGUCCUUAUGAGCUCCCGGGCCGACGACAACUGCCGCGGGUGUACGCCCUCCGCUGGUAUUCAGUACAGAGGAGCGAGUGACAAAAGCCGCUCCCGAUGGUCUCCGCUGAUCCCGUCAACCAGUCCGAGCAGCAGGUUGGAGAGGCCUUGGAACCGGAUGAUGGUCCAGCACCGGGUCAACAACCGCUACAGAACAUGGGCACAAACCAUCCCGGGACGUGUGGAGUUUUUCUCCAGUGAGGGCUCUGACACUUCCAUUCCUAUUCCCAUUGUGUCUCUGAAGAAUGUGGAUGACUCCUAUCCUCCUCAGAAGAAGUCUUUCAUGAUGCUGAAGUACAUGCAUGACCAUUACUUGGACAAGUAUGAGUGGUUCAUGAGGGCAGAUGAUGACGUCUACAUAAAGAGUGAGAAGCUGGAGAGCUUCUUGCGAAGCCUGAACAGCAGCGAGGCCAUCUUCUUGGGCCAGACGGGAAUGGGGGCUCGGGAUGAGCUUGGGAAACUGGCUUUGGAGCCUGGAGAGAAUUUCUGUAUGGGAGGUCCAGGCGUCAUCAUGAGCCGGGAGGUCCUCAGGAGGAUGGUACCCCACAUUCGCGAGUGUUUACAGGAGAUGUACACCACUCAUGAAGAUGUGGAGGUGGGGCGGUGUGUGAGGAGAUUUGCUAGGGUCCAGUGUGUCUGGUCAUAUGAGAUGCAGCAGCUUUUCUAUGAGAACUAUGAACCUAAUAAGAAGGGUUACAUACGAGAGCUCCACAACAGCAAGAUCCACCGAGCCAUCACUCUGCACCCCAACAAGAACCCCCCCUACCAAUAUCGUCUGCACAGCUACAUGCUUAACCGAAAGAUUGCAGACCUGCGCCACCGAACAAUUCAGCUCCACAGAGAAAUUGUUCAGAUGGGCCGUUAUAGUGCAGCUGAGCCCAGUCGAGAGGAUCUCCAGCUAGGCAUUCCUCCUUCCUUCAUGCGCUUUCAUCCUCAUCAGCGGGAGGAUGUUCUGGAGUGGGAGUUUCUGACAGGCAGGUAUCUCUUUUCAUCGUCUGAUAGUCAGCCACCUCGCCGUGGGAUGGACUCCUCUCAGAGGCAGGCUCUAGACGACAUCAUUAUGCAAGUGAUGGAGAUGAUUAAUUCCAAUGCCAAGACACGGGGACGAGUCAUUGAUUUCAAAGAGAUCCAGUAUGGCUACCGAAGGCUCAAUCCAUUGUAUGGAGCAGAAUAUGUUCUGGAUCUGCUGCUGCUGUACAAAAAGCACAAAGGAAAGACCAUGACUGUUCCUGUGAGGAGACACGCUUACUUACAGCAGACCUUCAGCCAGAUCCAGUUCAGAGAGGAGGAGGAGAUGGAUGCCGGGGCUCUGGCUAGCCACAUUAAUAAGGAAUCUGACUCCCUUUCGUUCCUGUCCAACUCCCUCAAAAUGCUGGUGCCCUUUAAACUAGCCAACUCUGGACAGGAACAAAGGGAGCCAAAGGAGGACAAAAUCAACAUUCUGGUGCCGCUAUCAGGGCGCUAUGACAUCUUUGUGCGCUUCAUGGCAAACUUUGAGCGGGUGUGUUUGAUCCCCAAUCUAAAUGUCAAACUAAUAAUCCUGCUCUUCAGCACAGACAACAACACCGAGCGGGUCAAGCAGGUUGAGUUGAUGAGGGAGUACCACAUGAAGUAUCCUCGGGCUGAGAUGGAGAUCAAGCCUGUCUCAGGCUCCUUCUCCAGGGCUCUAGCUUUGGAGGUGGGCUCCCUGCACUUCUCCAAUGAGUCGUUGCUUUUUUAUUGUGACGUGGAUCUGCUCUUCUCCAGUGACUUUCUCAAACGAUGUCGGACCAAUGCUGCUUUUGGGGAGCAGGCUUACUUUCCCAUCAUCUUCAGUCAGUACGACCCCAAAGUGGUGUACUCUGGGAAGGUCCCAAGUAACAACCAGUAUGUCUUCACCUCCAAGACUGGCCUAUGGAGGACCUAUGGUUUUGGUAUUGUCUGUGUGUACAAAGGAGACUUGGUUCGAGCAGGAGGGUUUGAUACCUCGAUACAGGGGUGGGGCUUGGAGGAUGUGGACCUUUACAACAAAUUUGUCCAGUCAGGAGUUAAGUUGUUCCGAAGUACAGACACUGGGAUAGUGCACGUCCACCACCUGGUCAUAUGUGAUCCUAACCUUGAGGCCAAGCAGUACAAGAUGUGCCUCGGCUCCAAAGCUUCCUCAUACGGUUCCACUCAGCAGCUGGCUGAACUCUGGCUAGAGAAGAACAACCACAGCUUCAGGAGACUGUCCAACAAUAAUGGCUCUGUUAGGACAGCAUGAGUAAAGCAGCAGAAGAACUAGGAUGUCAUCAAUGCAAAGUGUCUGUUCCUUUUUCUGGGUGUGAUUUCACGUCUUUAUUUAUUUUUCACUAGAAUAUUUCAGAUUGUUAUAAUGGAGCCUUUGUUCAUGAACCCGCCACAUGAAACGUCAUAAUGAUGAACAGCUUGGACCUAACGUCGUUUUUCAGUAAACAGAUAUUUGUGGUGUAUGCAAGAGCUCCUUCAGCUGUCCAGUGCUUCUGUGUAUCUCAUCUAAUGGUUGCUGUUACACUGUUUGCUUUUUUAAUUUAGUUUCUCUUUGUUCUGCUGAUUUGACGUCCUUGAGAUCUGCUUUUAAUUGUUUUCUAAUUUAUUUAAAUUUCAAGCUCCAUUUUCUACUUGUAUUGUUUUAAUACAUAUAUUGAAAUGCUUUUAUAAUCUAGAUUUUAAUCAGUUUUAUCUACUUGAUCCCAAACGUGGCGUCACCAAAGAUGUCUGCUGUCAGCUGGUGGUGUUUGCGCGUGCAUGGGUGUGUUUGGACAGUGUUUCCAGGCGUAGAGCCCCGGGGAGGUGCUGUUUGUUCUAAAUCACGUAUUGCUGGUUGUCUUUAUUAUAAAAUGUUUAUCUUGUUGAAAUCAAACUGCUGUGGCUGAUGGCCGUCUGCUGAGGAGGGCUACAGCUCCAGUUCUAUUGACCUAAGAAUAAAAAAGCCUGCAUGGUUUUA